UCCCUCGCUCGUUCGCUCGCUCGCUCGCUCGGUCUUCUGUCGUUUGCUUCGAGUAUGGAUGGAAGAGAAUAAGCUUGAACUAGCUUACAGCCAAUUGAGCUCUAUCGCUUCUCGAAAAAGGUUGUGUCGGUCCCAGUGCUAAAAGUAAACACGUGUAAUUUGACAUAUUUCCAUAUUCAACCGGAAUGGUAUAAACAAUGAGUGAGGAUUUGCAGUGUGAAACGAUGGGCCUACAUCCGACCGAUUUGCCGACCUCCCCGAUCAACAGAAUGUCUCCGUCGCUUUUUACCAAGAGAAAAUACGAAUCUGCAACCCCAGACGCAUUUCCUGCCAAGAAGGUUAAAGUCGAAGUGGUCAAUGGGAUUGCUUCUAUAAGCCAACAGAGUAACGAUCUCAUUAAGGGAGGAACCAAUGAAAUCCACAUCCGGAUUGGGGUUCCAAGCAAAGUUAUCGUCGAUGAUGAUGAAAAAGAAAACACUUUGGAACCAACUCUCAACACCAUGCCUACAACCAUCUUAUCUGCACCAAAAAGCCCUGCUCCGCUCUCUUCAGGAAACGCUUCAGUAACUGAAGAAAAGGUCAUAGUGGAGCCGAAAGUCAUAGUGGAGCACCAACCCCUUCCAAGCAUUUAUGAACUUCAGCAAAAUACUACCUUGGACUCGCAAGACAAUGACCAGUACGACUCUGGUCUGUCCGAUGACAGCAGCGAAGGCGAUUCCGAAGAAGAAUGCUUAUCCCCUCCCCCGCUCUACGAUGCCGUCUUACGAAUGGACAGCAGCGGUUGUUCGGUAAAAACUACCACCUUACCCCCGGCCAAAACAUUGUACCAAGAUCGUUUUUGGUCUCAAAACAUGUUCAGUUCUUCAAACUCAAACAGUCAGCCUCCUUCGUUGCCUGUUCAAAGUACAGUUCCAUCCCCAGUUCCUCAAGGUCCCUAUCACUUUCUAGAACAACAAAGCACACAACGAAUUGAGUGCGCCGAGAAUGGAAAGUCCUACAUGCAACUGGGUACAUUGAGCCAUUCCCAUCACCUUCCCAUCACCCCGGUUAUGCAACCCAAACCUAACAUGGUGUACCGGAGGCCAAUUCAACCUUUCCGAAACCCCAUGGCCCCACCCCCUCGACCCGCUUGUGAUCACAGCAAUUGUUGGCAACGAAAAAACAGCUAUUGUUACCGGACCCAAAGGACCCGCAUACUGAAUCUUUCCAUGCACAAGAUGCACAUGGCCAGACAAACUCACGAAGGUAGUCUAAGGCGUUCUGUUCUCAUCUGCAACAUGCUCCGUUACAUCGAAGAUGAAUCCGAUAAAGAGGUGUUUGUGGAGAGCCAAGAGCAUCAAUACCAACAAGUGGAUGGACGCCCUGGCAUGGAAAUUGAUCAACAUUAUUGGGCCCCGUCUGGCGGAGCUCCAAUUGAUUCAAGUCAUAUGACUCAUAACGGAGUUCAGCACAAAACCACCCAUCAAACAAUGACACCGUCUCAAUAUAACUCUGCGGUUAGUGGAAUGUCCUCUGGUCCCACCACGACCCCUGAGCAAAGUCCACCAGUUGUUAGCAAUGCAAUCCCUCACCAUUCCUCUACCCAUCCUUACAUGGACACUUACGAGAGCACCUUAAAAGACUUUAAUUCUGCCUUUCGUCUCACCCCUUUCUCGAGUCCUAGCCAUUCCAACUCUUCAUCGGAUAUCAAUGCCUCUUCGGAAGGAUCCCCUCACUUCCCGGACGAAGAAAAAGGCAUCAAUUGGGGAUCAGUGCUUAGCCUUUCGAAUCAGUCUGAAUUAGAUCCUUUGAACAAUAAUUCGUUUGCGAGCGAUUCAUGGACCCAAUCCACCAACAAUGUUAUGUCAGUUGUCUCUUCCACCUCCCUCUCCACGAGAACGUCGAGCUCAGAGACCAAGAUGGCCUCGCGAUGUGGAUCCGAGGCUGCUUCAGAGUCAUCGUCAAUUGGGACAAAUGGAGACAGUCAUAGCUUUGAGGAAGACAUGAGUUGGAAACUCAAUUCCGACGAAGUGUUGCGGGUAUUUCCCAACGAUCAAAACAUGUUCACACCCAUCCCCGGACACUGAGGUAUUGCUUCCCGCAAAAGUCUCCUAAAGCUCAAGGCUGUGAUUUGUUCUCCUUCCAUGAAAACCUGGACCAAUGGCCAAGGAGAUGGAUUCGUCAAUCAAUGGGAACUGUGAUUUCAAAUGAUAUUGGCAGAAGCAACAACCCGUCAUAAUAAUAAUGAGUGGCGAAGAAAACAAAAACCAAGUACCUGCAAAUUUUCUCAAACUGGAACACCGACUAAGUUGUUCCAAUCACGCCUAGGUUCCAUUCCAAAGCUCAACUACACCUUCAAUCCCAUGGCCACUCUGAAUGCUCAUGAACAGUCGUUGCACUCUUAUGACUUGUCCUAGUUCUAGUCAGCAACCUCCGAAUCUCUCUGCAACUCAUUGCGACCUCUGCAACAUCAACUGAGAGCCAACAUACCUAUGGAGGUGCAUCUACCUAGGGGCCCAUCCUCAAAAAGGAUGACGGAAUGAUUCCGGUGCGACGUUGAACUUU